AGACUCAGCCAGGGAGGGGAGGGAUGAUGGAGCUAAGAUGGCAGCCCAACUGAGGGUGCUGCCUCUCUGGGGUCAAGAAAUAUUCAAGGAACGAAUAAAACCGAAACACGACAAGGCGACGCUUGGAAAUUAAAGAUUGACGGUUCUGCUAUUUUCUUAAGAAAAUUUCGUUAUGGCUUGAGAAGAUAUAUUUUCGACGAGGCGAGCACCGUGUUGACGCUGUGGAAGAUCGGAAGACCCGUACGUUGUAGCUGCACCACCAGAUUGGCUACGAUUUGCGCUGACAAUAACUGGGGGACCGUGGAUGCUAAUUGGGGUAUUUCUGCAACUUGGGACGGACAAAUAAUGUGACAUGUGGCGGAUUUAAUGACAAGUGGAUUGCAACUGAUGGCUAGAUAUUAUCUAGCUGUGAUAUCUUUUGUGUGAUAUAUGCAUUGUUCUCCAAAACGAUGAUGUGUGCUGCUGCGGCAGCGGCCGCCGGUGGAGGGAUCCUGCCCUCCUCAUCGCCGUCGAUGGGGCUGGGUGUCAGGGUCAUUUCUGGAGCAGGAGCCGAUCUUUCCACCAUUGGUUCGGGAAUGGGUUCUUGUCCGACAACCGGAGCCCAGUCGGAUUGUCGGACUCGGUACCAGCUUUUACUCUCAGGGAGAGCUCUGGCCGAAAGAUACAGGCGGAUUUAUACCACCGCUAUCAAUGAUAAAGAGCAGGGGAUAAAUCAAGGAAGGGGAAAAAAGGCUUUGAGUAAGAAGAAACUGAAAAGGCGACAGAAGGUCAAGUCAAAAGUCAAAUCAAGAACAAAGGCUGAUGGUCUAGAUGGAGCCCUCUGCGUACCGGACAUCAAACUGCACAGCAACCCAUCUGCAUUCAAUGUCUACUGCAAUGUGCGGCACUGUGUGCUGGACUGGCAGCAGAGAGAGGCCUCCCUGGCGCUGGCUUCCAGGAGCUCGGUGCAGAGCGGCGACUCAGACAGUGAGGAGGAGGAAGAGUACCGCGAGCCAGCCGUGAAGCUGCCAAAGAUCAUUGGCAUUGGCCUGUGUGGGGUAUUUGAGCUGAUAAAAGAGACUCGGUUCUCUCACCCCUCACUGUGCCUGCGUAGCCUGCAGGCCUUGUUGGACAUGCUUCAGGGACAACAGCCUGAGGGCUUUCAGACUGAGCCUCCUGAUGUGUUAGAGUCUCUUUUCCAGUUGUUGUUGGAGACCACGGUCCGGAGUACAGGGCCCAAUGACCCAACAGGACAGGCCAUCACUGCUCUUUCCUGCGCCUGUCUCUUUAGUCUGGUGGUGGCCUGGGGAGACACUGGCAAAAUCCUGCAGGCCGUCUCUGCCAUCCUCACCAACAACGGCAGCCAUGCCUGCCAGACGAUACAGGUGCCCACCAUACUGAACGCACUACAGAGGAGUGUACAGGCUGUCCUGGUGGGAAAGAUUCAAAUCCAGGAUUGGUUUGGGAAUGGCAUCAAACGCGCAGCCCUGAUGAACAAGUGGGUCCUGAAAGAGGUAGCCAUUGAUGAGGAUGAGCGCUGUCUUCUACAGACUGAUGGUUCCUUCCUGUACUUGCUCUGCAAGGACGGACUCUACAAAGUGGGCUCUGGAUACAGCGGCACUGUCAGGGGCCAUGUGUACAACUCCACGUCUCGUAUCAGGAAUCGAAAAGAGAAGAGAUCAUGGCUGGGGUUUGCUCAGGGGUACUUGUUGUAUCGGGACACAAGUAACCACACUAUGUCGGCCAUCAAGAUCAACCCUGAGACUCUGGAGCAUGAGGGAACGGUUGCCAUGCCAGGUCAACAUUCAGAUGGACAGAACAUAAUCUUCACAGAUGGAGAGUACAUCAACCAGAUCGCAGCCUGCAAAGACGAUGGUUUUGUGGUACGGAUCUAUACUAUGAGCUCAGACCCGGCCCUGCAGCAGGAACUGCAGCUGAAGCUGGCAAGGAAAUGUCUCCACGCCUGCGGCAUCUCUCUCUUUGACCUCGAGAAGGAUCUGCACAUCAUCAGCACAGGCUUUGAUGAAGAGGCAGCAUUGCUUGGAGCAGGCAGGGAGUUUGCUCUGAUGAAAACUGCCUCGGGAAAGAUUUACUACACAGGAAAAUACCAGAGCCUGGGUAUAAAGCAGGGUGGCCCAUCAGCAGGAAAAUGGGUGGAACUGCCCGUUACAAAGUCUCCCAAGAUUGCUCAAUUCUCAGUCGGGCAUGAUGGUUCUCAUGCACUGCUCGUAGCAGAAGAUGGAAGUGUGUUCUUUACAGGCUCUGCCAGCAAGGGAGAGGAUGGAGAGUCCACCAAAAGUCGCAGACAGCCCAAGCCGUACAAGCCCAAGAAGAUGAUCAAAUUAGAGACCAAGACAGCAGUGUAUACAGCGUGUAACAAUGGCAGCAGCAGCAUUGUCACCAAGGAUGGAGAGCUCUACAUGUUUGGCAAAGAUGCUAUUUACAGUGACAGCACCUGCCAGGUGACAGACCUGAAAGGUCACUUUGUAACUCAGGUUGCCAUGGGUAAGGCCCAUACAUGUGUUCUGACCAAGAGUGGUGAAGUGUGGACAUUUGGGGUGAAUAACAAGGGCCAGUGUGGCAGAGACACUGGAGCCAUGAGCCAGGCAGGGAAAGCGUUUGGUGUAGAGAGCAUGGCCACAGCCAUGGAUGAAGACCUGGAGGAUGAGCUUGAAGAGAAGGAAGAGAAGAGCAUGAUGUGCCAACCAGGCAUGCACAAGUGGAAGUUGGACCAGUGCAUGGUCUGUACGGUGUGUGGAGACUGCACUGGCUAUGGUGCCAGCUGUGUCAGCAGUGGGCGACCAGACAGAGUACCAGGAGGUAUCUGUGGCUGUGGUUCUGGGGAGUCUGGCUGCUCAGCGUGUGGCUGUUGCAAAGCUUGUGCCAGGGAGCUGGAUGGUCAAGAGGCCAGACAGAGAGGCAUCUUUGAUGCUGUGAAGGAGAUGAUUCCUCUGGACCUGCUGCUAGCUGUGCCUGUCCCUCCCCCUCCAGGAGUCAACAUUGAGGAGCACAUUCAGAUCCGUCAGGAGGAGAAACGACAGAGGAUCAACCGCCGGCACAGGCUGGAGGAGGGCAGAGGCCCCCUUGUUUUUCCUGGUCCCAUUUUUAUGAACCAGCGUGAGCAGGCCCUAGCCAGAAUAAGACCCCUUCAGGCACUAAGGCAUAAACGGGACAAGCACAAAGAUGGUAGCAGUGAGCGUGGAGAGAAAGAUGCCAGCAAAAUCACCACCUACCCUCCAGGGGCAGUGAGAUUUGACUGUGAGCUGCGAGCUGUGCAGGUCAGCUGCGGUUUUCAUCACUCAGUGGUGCUGAUGGAGAAUGGAGAUGUCUACACCUUUGGUUAUGGCCAACAUGGGCAGCUCGGACAUGGAGAUGUCAACUCAAGGGGCUCUCCAACUCUGGUGCAGGCCCUUCCAGGUCCCAGUGUACAGGUGACAGCCGGCAGUAACCACACAGCGGUUCUCCUCGUGGAUGGGCAGGUCUUUACGUUUGGCAGCUUCUCGAAAGGGCAGCUGGGCCGGCCCAUCCUAGACAUGCCCUACUGGAAUGCCAAGCCAUCUCCCAUGCCCAACAUUGGUGCCAAAUAUGGACGAAAGGCUACCUGGAUUGGUGCCAGUGGAGACCAGACGUUCCUGCGGAUCGAUGAGGCUCUUAUCAAUUCCCAUGUCCUAGCCACUUCAGAAAUCUUUGCCAGCAAACACAUUAUUGGCCUUGUGCCCUCCUCUGUGUCUGAGCCACCUCCAUUUAAAUGCUUGCUUAUCAACAAAAUGGAUGGAAGCUGCAGGACCUUCAAUGACUCUGAGCAGGAGGACCUGCAGGGUUUUGGCUUGUGUCUGGACCCUGUGUAUGACGUCAUAUGGAGGUUCUUGCCAAUCUCAAGAGAGAUGUUGUGCUACAAUGCAGUGAUAGCUGAUGCCAGGAUGCCCUCUGCUACAGAUCUACAGGCUCGCUGUAGCAUCCUUAGCCCAGAGCUUGCCUUGCCCUCAGGAUCACAUGCCACCACUACUCGCUCUCACGGAGCCCUACACAUCCUUGGUUGCCUGGAUACUCUGGCAGCCAUGCAGGAGUUAAAGAUGGGUGUAGCCAGCGCAGAGGAAGAAACCCAGGCAGUGAUGAAGGUCUACUCCAAGGAGGACUACAGUGUGGUGAACCGCUUUGAGAGUCAUGGUGGUGGUUGGGGCUACUCAGCCCACUCUGUGGAGGCCAUCCGCUUCUGUGCUGAUGCAGACAUCCUGCUGGGUGGGCUGGGCCUUUUCGGGGGACGAGGGGAGUACACUGCCAAGAUCAAGCUUUUUGAGCUGGGACCUGAUGGGGGUGACCAUGAGACAGACGGUGAUCUGCUGGCUGAGACUGAUGUACUGGCCUAUGAUUGUGCUGCCAGGGAGAAAUAUGCGAUGAUGUUUGACGAGCCGGUGCUGCUGCAGCUAGGCUGGUGGUAUGUGGCUUGGGCCCGAGUGUCUGGUCCUAGCAGUGACUGUGGCUCACAUGGACAGGCUACCAUUACUACUGAUGAUGGUGUGGUGUUUCAGUUCAAAAGCUCUAAGAAGUCAAACAACGGUACAGAUGUUAAUGCGGGUCAAAUACCUCAGCUGCUUUACAGGCUUCCUUCAAAUGAUGGCAAUGCAUCUAAAGGGAAACAACAGACCAGUGAACCAGUCCAUAUCCUUAAACGCUCAUUCGCUCGUACAGUGUCAGUGGAGUGUUUUGAGUCUCUGCUGAGUAUCCUUCACUGGAGCUGGACCACUUUGGUUUUGGGUGUGGAGGAGCUGCGAGGGCUGAAGGGCUUCCAGUACACGGCCACCCUGCUGGACCUGGAGAGACUUCGCUUUGUUGGCACGUGCUGCCUCCGCCUACUCAGAGUCUACAUCUGUGAGAUCUUCCCCAUCGCUGCCAGCACCAAAGCUGUGGUGGAGGAGUCGAGCAAGCUGGCAGAGUGCGUGGGAAAGACACGCAGCCUGUUGAAGAAGAUCCUGUCAGAAGGCAUGGACAACUGCCUGACCAAACUGGACAAUGACCCCCAAGGCUACUUGUCUCAGCCUUUAACCCUGCUGGAAGCUGUUCUGCAGGAGUGCCACAACACUUUCACUGCCUGCUUCCACUCAUUCUACCCGACCCCAGCUCUGCAGUGGGCCUGCCUCUGUGACCUGCUCAACUGCCUAGACCAGGACAUUGCUGAGGCCAACUUUCGCACAUCCAGUAGCCGUCUGCUGGCGGCCGUAAUGUCAGCCCUUUGCAACACCUCAGUCAAGUUGACAUCCAUCCUGCCCAUCGCAUACGACGGAGAAGUGCUAUUGCGUUCACUCGUCAAACAAGUCAGCACAGAGAAUGACUCUGCCCUCGCUCACCGCUUCCCCCUCCUGGUGGCCCAUAUGGAGAAACUAAGCCAUACGGAGGAGAACCUGAUGGGCAUGACCAGUUUCCGGGAGGUACUGGAGAAGAUGUUGGUGAUUGUGGUGCUGCCAGUGAGGAAGAGUUUGAGGAAAGAGGUGGAGCUGUUCUCUCCACACCUGGUCUCCAACACCUGUGGUCUGCUAGCCUCCAUUGUCUCUGAGCUCACUGCCUCUGCCCUAGGCUCCGAGGUUGAUGGGCUGAACUCGCUCCACUCAGUGAAAGCAUCUCCGAACCGUUUUACCAAAACAAGCCAGGGCCGUAGUUGGAACACAGGCAAUGGCUCUCCAGACGCCAUCUGUUUGACAGUGGACAAGCCAGGCGUUGUGCUAGUGGGCGUCUGUGUCUACGGAGGAGGGGGCAUCCAUGAGUAUGAACUAGAGGUGCUGGCUGAUGACGCGCAGACAGAGCACCCAGGGGACUCGGCACAUUCUCACAGGUGGACAUCCUUAGAGCUGGUCAAGGGCACUUACAGCACUGAUGAUUCUCCCAGUGAUAUUGCUGAGAUUCGCCUGGACAAGGCUGUGCCACUCAAGGAGGGGGUAAAGUAUGCUGUUCGAUUGCGAAACUACGGCAGCCGGACAGCUAAUGGGGAUGGAGGUAUGACCACAGUGCAGUGCUCUGAUGGGGUGUCCUUCACCUUCAGCACCUGCAGCUUGAGUAGCAACGGGACCAACCAGACCAGAGGACAGAUCCCACAAAUUCUCUACUACAGGAGUGAGUAUGAUGGGGACCUCCAGUCUCAGCUGCUGAGCAAAGCCAAUGAGGAGGACAAGAACUGUAGCAGAGCUCUGUCUGUGGUCAGUGCUGUGGUCAGAGCUGCAAAGGACCUGCUUCACAGAGCUUUUGCCGUCGAUGUGGAUGAUAUUCCUGAGCUGUUAAGUUCCUCCAGCCUGUUCUCCAUGCUUCUACCACUUAUCCUGGCCUACAUUGGUCCUGUGGCUGCGUCUGUGCCUAAGGCUGCUGUUGAGGUCUUUGGACUUGUUCAGGAACUGUUACCUGCUGUCUCUGCCCUCAAUCAAAAAUAUGCCCCACCCACCUUCAAUCCCAACCAAUCAACAGACAGCACGACUGGCAACCAGCCUGAGCAGGGCUUGUCAGCUUGUACCACCUCAAACCACUACUCAGUGAUUGAGAGUGACCACCCUUACAAACAAGCUGGUGUCACGCAAUACAGGGUAUCAUUCCCAGACUGUGUCCGCUGGACCACUAUUGAGUUUGAUCCACAGUGUGGCACUGCACAGCCAGAGGAUGUACUGCGCCUGCUCAUCCCCAGCCGUACCCUCCACCUGUCCAGCCUGGGGGGCAAACCUUUAAUCCAUGAUACCAUCAACACCUGGACUGAGCUCAAGAAGUUCUCGGGCUCCACGGGCUGGCCAACCACCGUCCUAGUGCUGCCAGGAAAUGAAGUUCUGUUCUCACUGGAAACAGCCUCCGACUACGUCAAAGAUGAGAAGGCUUGUUUUUAUGGCUUCAAGUGUGUGGCUGUGGGAUAUGAGUUCAACCCUGGUCCUGAUGAGGGUACCAUCCUGCUGGAGAAAGAGUUAGCCUACCUGGGCAGUGUGUGUGCUGCAGCUCUGAUGAAGAAAGAUCUGGCCCUCCCUAUAGGUAAUGAAUUGGAGGAGGAUCUUGAGAUUCUUGAGGAAGCCUCUCUUCAGGUGUGCAAGACCCACUCAGGGAUUCUGGGGAAGGGUCUGGCCUUGUCUCACUCCCCCACCAUCUUGGAGGCCCUGGAGGGAAAUCUGCCGCUGCACCUCCAAACCAAUGAGCACUCUUUCCUUGAGGACUUCAUCACCUGUGUACAGAACUCAAGUGGAGGACGUCUGGCCAGGUGGUUGCAGCCAGAUUCUUAUGCAGACCCCCAGAAAACAUCUCUGAUCCUGAACAAAGAUGAUAUACGCUGUGGAUGGCCGGCUACCGUGGUCGUACAAACCAAAGACCAGUAUGGAGAUGUGGUGCAUGUUCCUAACAUGAAGGUGGAGGUGAAGGCCGUUCCUGUUUCACAGAAGAAGUCAAUGCAGCCUGAAAAUGUGAAGAAGCUGCAGCGGCUACCUGGAAGCUCUUCACCUUCGUCUUCUGGCCCCGACUUAACCUUUGGAGGUUUGCCAAUGCCCAAGCUGGAGGCCACGUACGAGCCCAUGAUUGUGAAAGAGGCCCGAUACAUUGCUAUUACCAUGAUGAAGGCAUAUGAAAACUACUCAUUUGAAGAGCUGCGCUUUGCUUCCCCCACCCCAAAAAGACCCAGUGAGAACAUGCUGAUUCGUGCCAACACUGAUGGAACCUACAGCGCCAACUGGACUCCAGGAGCAGUAGGCCUCUAUACAAUCCAUGUCACGAUUGACGGCAUUGAAAUAGAUGCUGGUUUGGAGGUAGAAGUCAAAGACCCUCCCAAAGGAAUGAUACCACCUGGCACUCAGAUGGUCAAACCAAAGGCUGAACCUCAGCCUAGCAAGGUCCGCAAAUUUGUGUCCAAGGACAGCGCAGGCCUGCGUGUGCGUAGUCACCCCUCCCUGCAGAGUGAACAGAUAGGCAUAGUGCAUGUCAAUGGCACCAUCACUUUCAUUGACGAGAUCCACAAUGAUGAUGGUGUGUGGCUCAGGCUCAAUGAUGAAACAGUAAAGAAGUAUGUUCCCAGCAUGAAUGGGUACACUGAAGCCUGGUGCCUCUCUUUUAACCAGCACCUGGGCAGGAGCCUAUUGGUCCCAGCCGACAAUGUCUUUAACGCUAGCCAAGGAGUCAGGGAUAUCGGCUUUUUGUCGUGGACUCCCUUAACUAUAUUCCCGCCACAGGAGGUCAGGGGCCAAUCGGAGGAGAACGUAAAGGAGGUGAGCAGCUGCCCUUCCCACGAGGCCCCCAAUCGGGUGCAGAACAGGGCAGGGCAGGGCGGCGGCCCGGGGCUUUAUAAGGUAGUGAAGACCGGCCCCUCUGGUCACAACAUCAGAAGCUGCCCAAACCUUAGGGGUAUCCCCAUUGGAAUGUUAGUACUUGGCAACAAGGUCAAGGCCAUAGGCGAGGUGGUCAACUCCGAGGGGACGUGGGUACAGCUGGAUAAGAACAGUGUAGUGGAGUUCUGUGAGAGUGAUGAAGGAGAGGCCUGGUCAUUAGCCAGAGACCGCGGUGGAAAUCAGUACCUCCGCCACGAUGACGAACAAGCACUUCUUGAGCACGGGGCCCAUACCCCACCACCCAGCCCUUUCUCUGUGCAGGCCUUCAACAGAGCCACAACUUCAAAUGGAGCGCAGGGCUUUGACUAUGGCAUCUCCAACAACAAAGGUGACCGGUUGAGUGCCAUACUGAAUUCCAUUCAGUCUGGGCCCUUCCUCUCAGCAGCUCCCUCCUCCUCCGUAUUUGAGCAAGCCGCCCAACCUCCUCCCUCCUCCUCCUCCCUUGUCCACAGCCCAUUUGUGUUUGGACAAUCCCCCUCCCAACUGUCUCAGCCACAACCACAGCUUCUGAAUGGUUCAUCACGCAGCCUUGCUUCUCGCGAGCGUGUGCACAAAAGCAGUGUGUCCGUGGCUGGGCAUGGUACUGCUCUCUCAUCUGUCGCUCUAAGGCAAAAGGGUGAGCGGGGGAACCUGAUGCCCGGUGCACGGCCCAUGUCCCCAGCCUCCAAACACCGGCAGGAGAAUCGCUCGCCCAAACAGGAGAGUCGUGGAAGCCGCUCAUCCGAGCAGAGCAGGGUCAAGACAGGAGAGGGUGGACUCUCAGCCAGUGAAGCCCUCAUCCUGCGGUCAGACACAGCCAAGCUGAGGUCGGACUCUCACAGCCGCUCUCACUCGCCCAAUCACAACACUCUGCAGGCCCUAAAGGCAGAUGGGAGAACCCCAGGACUGCGUGCUGAGUCCCCGAACCCUGGCUCUCGCUCCUCCUCUCCCAAACAAAAAGGAGUAUCCUCUUCAGGCAGGUCUAGUCCCUCCAGCACCUCCUCCCAGCACUCCUCCUCAACCCACCACGACAAAAACCUACCACCUAAAGUUAGCCCUUCCUCCAAAGCCCGGCUGGACCCUCCCAGAGAGCGGUCCAAAUCAGAUUCAUACACUCUGGACCCAGACACACUUAGAAAGAAGAAGGUUCCACUUACAGAGCCACUUAGGGGCAGGUCUACCUCUCCCAAACCUAAACUGUCCCCGAAAGAUCCAAAUAAAGGAGUGAUCUGUAGUAAUGCAGAGAACCGUGUUCCUUCGCCACAUGUGACCCAAGAGAAUCUCCACAGUGAAGUGGUGGAGGUGUGCACCUCUAGUGCCCUCCUCUCCAACGAGGAGGGCAAUGAUGAGAAUGUGGAGGUCCGUAAUUCUGAAGAGGGAUCAUGCAAGGUGCACUUUAGCAUUGGCAAAGCCCCCGUCAAAGAGGAACAAGAGAGCCGCUCCUCACCCAAAGUCAGCCGCAAAACCAGUCGACACACACGCCCUAAGAAGGAUAAAUCUGGGCCUCUGUUUAAAGGUGAGAGUACAUCAAGGGUCACAGAGCCUGCCAAACAGGCCAUGUCACCCUCGGUGGCUGAAUGUGCACGAGCAGUCUUUGCAGCAUUCCUGUGGCAUGAAGGUAUUGUCCAUGAUGCCAUGGCCUGCUCUUCCUUCCUCAAGUUCAACCCAGACUUAACCAAAGAGCACGCCCCCAUUCGCAGCUCCCUGGGAGGACAGGGUUCUGAAGAGAAAGAGAGCAAGUUAAAGAAUCGCCACUCCUUAGAGAUUUCCUCUGCACUUAACAUGUUUAAUAUUGCUCCACAUGGGCCAGACAUCUCCAAAAUGGGAAGCAUCAACAAAAACAAGGUGCUGUCUAUGCUGAAAGAACCUCCACUGCCUGAGAAGUGCGAGGACGGCAAGGGAGAUGCCACUUCUUAUGAGACGACUUCUCAUCCCUCCAUGAGGGCAAAGUCAAUCUUACCGUUAACGUUACAACAUCUGGUGGCAUUCUGGGAGGACAUCUCUAUGGCCACCAUCAAAGCAGCAACUCAGAACAUGAUCUUUCCUAGCCCAGGGUCCAGUGCCAUCCUAAAAAAGAAAGAACACGAGAAAGACAGUAAAAAGGCAAAGAAGGAGAAGAAGAAAAGGGAGAAGGCAGAGGUGCGUCCAAGAGGGAAUCUGUUUGGAGAGAUGGCACAGCUCGCCAUGGGUGGACCAGAGAAAGACACCAUCUGUGAGCUUUGUGGGGAAUCUCACCCUUACCCUGUCACCUACCAUAUGAGACAGGCUCACCCAGGCUGUGGCCGCUAUGCUGGAGGCCAGGGCUACAACAGCAUUGGCCACUUCUGUGGUGGUUGGGCUGGGAACUGUGGAGAUGGAGGCAUUGGAGGCAGCACCUGGUACCUGGUGUGUGAUCGCUGUCGGGAAAAAUACCUGAGAGAGAAACAGACUGCCGCCAGAGAAAAGGUGAAGCAGUCCAGGAAAAAACCUCUGCAGGUGAAGACUCCGAGGGCGCUGCCAACUAUGGAGGCCCAUCAGGUGAUCCGGGCAAACGCUUUGUUCCUGCUGUCCCUCAGCAGUGCUGCUGAGCCCAGCAUGCUAUGCCAUCACCCUCCCCGGCCCCUGCACUCCCAGCUGCUGCCCAGCCUCAAGGAGGGUGUGUCGGACGAACUCCCCAAUAAAAUGGGCUGUCUCUACCUUCAGACACUGGCUAGGCAACACACUGAGAACUUCGGGGGCUACCAAGAUGAUAACCUCUUUCAAGAUGAGAUGAGGUAUCUGCGCUCAACAUCUGUUCCUGCGCCCUACAUUUCAGUCACCCCUGACGCCUGCCCCAAUGUGUUUGAGGAACCAGAGAGCAACAUGAAAUCAAUGCCCCCCAGUCUUGAGACCAGUCCAAUCAUAGACAGCGACACGGCAAAGCGCACAGUGUUUCAGCGGUCUUACUCUGUCGUAGCAUCUGAGUACGAUAAGCAACACUCACCCUCUCCUGCCCGGGUCAAAGCCGUACCCAGACGCAGAGUCCACAGUGGUGAUGCAGAGGUGGGAUCAUCCCUGUUACGGCACCCGUCUCCUGAGCUAUCCAGGCUGAUCUCAGCGCACGGCUCCCUCAGUAAGGGGGAGAGGAACUUCCAGUGGCCUGUCCUAGCUUUUGUUAUCCAGCAUCACGACCUGGAGGGCCUGGAGGUGGCCAUGAGGCAUGCACUGAGAAAGUCUGCCUGCAGGGUGUUUGCCAUGGAGGCAUUCAACUGGCUGCUGUGCAAUGUGAUCCAGACCACCUCCCUGCAUGAUAUCCUUUGGCAUUUUGUAGCAUCUCUCACUCCAUCACCCUUUGAACCUGAAGAUGAGGAAGAUGAGGAAAACAAGGGGAACAAAGAAAUCGUGGAACAGGAAAGAGACCUUGGUGUUUGUGAGCACCCUCUGUCUGACAUUGUUAUUGCUGGGGAGGCAGCUCAUCCUCUCCCCCACACCUUCCACCGUCUCCUUCAGACCAUCUCUGACCUUAUGAUGUCGCUUCCUAGUGGCAGCUCACUUCAGCAGAUGGCGCUUAGGUGCUGGAGUCUCAAGUUCAAGCAGUCCGACCACCAGUUCCUCCAUCAGAGCAACGUUUUCCAUCACAUCAACAAUAUCUUGUCCAAGUCAGAUGAUGGAGACAGUGAGGAGAGCUUCAACAUCAGUGUGCAGUCAGGCUACGAAGCAAUGAGCCAGGAUCUCUGCCUGGUGACCUGUCUGAAGGACCUGACCAGUGUAGUAGACAUCAAGACAUCCAGUCGUCCUGCCAUGAUUGGCAGCCUAACAGACGGCUCCACAGAGACCUUCUGGGAAUCUGGAGAUGAGGACAAGAACAAAACCAAGAGCAUCACCAUCACCUGUGUGAAAGGCAUAAACGCCUCAAAUGUUUCUGUUCACGUGGACAACUCUAGAGACAUCGGGAACAAAGUAACAUCUGUGACAUUCCUGUGUGGAAAAGCAAUAGAGGACCUCUGCAGAAUCAAACAGGUUGACCUCGACUCGCGUCACAUGGGCUGGGUGACAAGCGAGCUUCCUGGAGGGGAUUAUCAUGUGAUCAAGGUGGAACUGAAAGGUCCGGAAAACACCCUGAGGGUGCGCCAGGUGAAGGUCCUUGGUUGGAAAGAGGGCGAGAGCAUCAAGAUUCUAGGACAGAUCUCAGCCAGCAUGGCCCAGCAAAAGAACUGUGAGGCUGAGACUCUCAGAGUGUUUCGCCUAAUCACCUCACAGGUCUUUGGAAAACUUAUCUGUGGAGAUGCAGAGCCAACUCCAGAACAGGAAGAGAAAAACCUCCUUUCAUCACCCGAGGGAGAAGACAAGGUACCAUCUGACGCAGACCUUAAAGAGCACAUGGUGGGGAUCAUUUUCAGUAGGAGCAAACUGACCAACCUCCAGAAACAGGUGUGUGCGCACAUCGUCCAGGCCAUCCGUAUGGAGGCAACACGUGUGAGGGAGGAGUGGGAGCACGCCAUCUCCAGCAAAGAGAACGCUAACUCUCAGCCCAGCGACGAUGAUGCCUCAUCAGACGCCUACUGCUUUGAGCUCCUGUCCAUGGUUCUGGCUCUGAGUGGCUCCAACGUCGGCCGCCAGUACUUAGCUCAGCAGCUAACACUCAUGCAAGACCUGUUUUCUCUGCUGCACACGGCUUCCCCAAGAGUACAGAGACAGGUUACAUCAUUGCUUAGACGCGUCCUUCCAGAGGUUACACCAGUGCGACUUGCCAGUAUUAUUGGGGUGAAGGCUCUGCCACCAGCAGACAUCAGUGACAUCAUUCACUCCACAGAAAAGGGUGACUGGAACAAGCUCUGCAUCCUCGACAUGUUCCUGGGCUGCAUCGCAAAAGCCCUCACUGUGCAGCUGAAAGCCAAAGGCACCACCAUCUCUGGCACAGCUGGCAUGGCUGCGGGCAAGGGGGUCACCACUGUCACGCUGCCCAUGAUUUUCAACUCCAGCUAUAUCCGCAGAGGGGAGAGCCACUGGUGGAUGAAAGGCUCCACUCCUCCUCAGAUAGCAGAGAUCAUCAUAAAGUUGGUUAAAGACAUGGCAGCUGGCCACCUUUCAGAUGCUUGGUCCAGAGUCACCAAAAAUGCAAUAGCUGAGACCAUCAUAGCCCUGACCAAAAUGGAGGAGGAGCAUCGGUCUCCUGUACGCUGUAUCGCCACCACAAGGCUGUGGCUGGCCUUAGCUUCACUGUGUGUGCUGGACCAGGACCAUGUCGACAGGCUGUCCUCUGGCCGCUGGAUGGGCAAAGAUGGACAGCAGAAGCAGAUGCCCAUGUGUGACAACCAUGACGAUGGCGAGACAGCAGCCAUCAUCCUGUGUAACAUGUGUGGCAACCUCUGCACCGACUGUGACCGCUUCCUCCACUUGCACCGACGCACGCGCUCUCACCAGAGACAGGUGUUCAAGGAGGAAGAGGAGGCCAUAAAGGUGGAUCUUCAUGAAGGUUGUGGGAGGACCAAGCUGUUCUGGCUCAUGGCUCUGGCAGACUCUAAGACUAUGAAGGCUAUGGUGGAGUUCAGAGAGCACACAGGUAAACCAGCCUCCAGCAGCUCAGAUGCCUGCAGGUUCUGUGGUACGAGGAAUGGAACCGAGCUGUCGGCAGUGGGCAGCGUCUGCUCAGACCCAGACUGCCAGGAGUACGCUAAACUAGCCUGCAGUAAAACUCAUCCUUGUGGACACCCCUGUGGAGGAGUCAAGAAUGAGGAGAGCUGCCUUCCAUGUCUGCACGGCUGUGACAAGAACACUGGCUGUUUGAAACAGGAUGCAGAUGACAUGUGUAUGAUCUGCUUUACAGAGGCCCUCUCUGCUGCUCCUGCAGUACAGCUGGACUGCACUCACGUGUUCCACCUUCAGUGUACUCGUCGUGUUCUCGAAAAUCGCUGGCUCGGGCCCCGAAUCACGUUUGGGUUCAUGUUGUGUCCCAUUUGCAAGAACAAAAUCAAUCACUCGGUGAUCAAGGACCUGCUUGACCCAAUUAAAGAGCUCUAUGAGGAUGUGAGGAGAAAGGCUCUGAUGAGGCUGGAGUAUGAGGGUCUACAUAAGAGUGAGGCCAUCACUACACCAGGAGCACGUUUCCACAAUGACCCAGCAGGCUUUGCUAUGAACAGAUAUGCAUACUAUGUCUGCUACAAGUGCAAAAAGGCCUAUUUUGGGGGAGAGGCUCGCUGCGAUGCGGAGGCAGGACAGGGAGAUGACUAUGACCCCAGCGAGCUGAUCUGUGGAGCAUGCUCAGAUGUCUCCAGGGCUCAGAUGUGCUCCAAGCAUGGCACAGACUUCCUGGAGUAUAAAUGCCGGUACUGCUGCUCAGUGGCUGUUUUCUUCUGCUUUGGCACCACACACUUCUGCAACGCCUGCCAUGAUGACUUCCAGAGGAUGACAAGUGUCCCCAAGGAGGAGCUGCCCCAUUGUCCUGCAGGGCCCAAAGGCAAGCAACUGGAGGGUACUGAGUGCCCUUUGCAUGUGGUUCACCCACCAACAGGGGAGGAGUUUGCCCUGGGCUGUGGGGUGUGCAGAAAUGCCCACACAUUCUAAACAACAAGACUUUUACUGAAAACCAGUUUGUCUACUGUGAUUUUCUGGCUGCUGCUGAAGCUCAGCCGUGAAACUCGGCUCUUGCAUUGACAAGUCUCCUGGACACUGGACCGGGUUUCUGCUCUACGCCAAGAGUCCUCAGGUCUGCUCUUCUACCAACAUCAGUAUCCAGGCUCUGCUACAAAACGAGCUGUGGCUCUUUUGGAUUCAGAGUAAUCUGAAUGAAAAAAAGAACAAUAGAAUUUUAAAAAAGAAGAAAAAAAAGAAAAUAACUUGUGACGUGUUUGCAUGCGGCCGUUGUAUUCCCUCGGCUUCUAUAGACGUUGCACACCUCCUGAUCACUGAAGUGUAACAGAUUAAACAUUGAAUAUCAAAUAAAUUUGCUUAAAGGCAACUGUGGAUCAGCUUGGGUUUAAAAAAAAAAAAGGAACAGGCCGUAUUUCCAGCUUCCUAACUAUAAAUUUAAAAUAUUGUUGUAUGUAAACUUUUUUUCGUAAUCUUGUACAGUAUUCUCCACUGUCAAGUGCAUCAUUGGUUGACGGACAAAAAAAGUUGAGUGGGUGGAUAAGACUGUUAAGAAUAUUAUGUUUGGGAGGAAAAUAGUGUACGAUUUAUCUAAUCUUGUAUAUAAUGAUACUAUUCAAAAUAGCUGUAUUCCGAAGUUGCUACUCUUCACUUCAGUUUUGUUUGAUAUUCUGGGUUAUGUUUUGAGCCAGAACUUUUAAUGAAGUGCAAUACUGGGUGUGCCUCCUAUUUUGCAGCUGUUUAACCUAUGGAAUGUAUGUCAAUAAAGCCACUGUACAUUUUUAUACAGUAGACAGUCGUAAUUCCCCCUCUUCUAAAUGUCAGAUCUCUUCUGUUGUCUGGAAAUGAGAAGGAGGAGCCUGGCGCCUGCAGUGAAUGAAGGUGGAUGUAAAUCCUAUUUGCAACUCUGUCAAAAUAUGUACCAAAUCCUACAGUAAUACAAAAAGAAACAAAAAACCUCGUAGUGGGACUGAUUACAGCUGAAUGAAUUGAGGGGCCAGUCUUCACACCAAAUAAAAUUGUGCACCUGUAAUGCUUUUCCCUAGUAGGAGGCAGGGGGAUUGGGGGUCAGGAACAGAGUGUGGAAAAAAAGCAGCUGCUGUUAUAUAAAAAAGCUUAAUACUUGUGAAUCUGCUCUGUAAUAUCUGUGGUGGAUGGAGUUGAAUGGUAAUAAACCAGGUUCUCUGUUUCGCAAAGUU